AAAAAACAUUUCGUAAUGAACAUUUUAAGGAAUAAUUAAUUUUAUGUAUUUAUUAUGCCCCUUACAUACGAAAGCGAAGCUCUGCAGGCGUGUUUAUGUGAAGCGCGAAAACUUGUGUGAUACACGUAUGCGUGAAGCAAACAUUUGUAUUUUGUAACGCAUCGCGCUGAAAAAGCGUUUGCAUGCGCUCGUAUAAUUACAUAUAUAUAUGUACUUACAUACGUUCGCACGUGCGUCCCGCUCCGUGUACAUAUAUAUUUUAAUACCAACCUUUUGUGAGCGCAACAAAACGGAAGAAAAACAGAAAGAAGAAGGAGAAAUUUUUCUAAUGCCAUGCCCCCCAACCAGCCAAUGAGCAAAGCAAACAUCGUUAUGUCAUGAAAGCCCUUUUGAAGACCCUUUUUAAAUAAAAGCAUUAAAUAUGAGGGGCAACUAUCUCCGAGAUGGGUAUAAAAAUCAGUACCGAUACGCAAAUGGAUCAGAUGGGAACAACAAAAUGCAAAACAACUAUAACAAUAGGAGGAAUUUUUAUCAGAAAAAAAAUCCGAACAAAGACAGAGAUAAAGGAAUAACCUUCUGCCCUCACUACACUCUAAGGGGAUUAUGCCGUUUUUCGGACGACUGCAAGUAAUCCAUUUGUGUGCAUGCCUGUGUGUGCGUGGUGUGCUGCUUUGUGGUGUGCCGCUCUGCGUUUCGUGUCUGCCGUGGGUGUGUUCGUGUGCAUGGCCUCAAAAGGAGGAAAGAAAAAAAUGCGAAAAGAAUGAGAAAAAAAAAGUGC